GAACCCUCAAGCUCUAGUUCUUUGAAGAACUAAUAUCUGUAGCUUUCUACUUGUUGAAUACUGAGAUACUUAUGAGGAAAUGGGUUACUUAAAUUUGAAGAAUAUGAGCUGCAUACAGACUGAAAUUUGUAGUAUAAUUCCUUUGUUGAUUCAUUAGUUGUUGUUGGAUGACAGGCUCUUGGACUUCUUUCGUUGCAAUAUCUUGCAAAACAGGCUUUGAAAGGCUAACACUAUUAUCAGCUCAGAUUCUGACUAAAAAUAGAGGAAACAUGGUUCAAAAACUAGAAGCUAUCAAGGGCGGUGGAGGAUCGAUUAAGGUAGGGACUACCGGGACAAUCAGUUCCCUGAUGACAAGGGAACUGGACUCCAUUAAAUCGGCACCACAAACACCUGUAUCUUUAAUACACAAUCCUCAGACAAUUCCUGCAUCAGUUGCCUGUGGUUCUGCUGCUCCUAAAAGACUACAGCGGAGGAAAUCAUUGGAUGGAGCAAGCACCAGUGGCAGUAGCAACAGCAUGAGUUAUAAAAGCCCUCAAACUGCCCAGAAGACGAAAAGCUUCCACAAAAAUAUCCAUCAGAUUCCAAUGCUUGGCUCCGAUAAUAUUGCUUUAGAUAGAACUCCUAGCAGACAGAAAAGUGACAAAAAGGUAUCUAAAAUUGUUGAAGUUGUGGACAUAAAGUGUGGGAAUCCAGAUAGAGCAUGGGCAAGCCCUAUAACACAUCGUCUCAAGAAGCUUGGAUUCUCUAAGCUUUCCCAGAGCAUUGUCUAGACCUGCAACUUCUUCACAUCAGAUUUCAGGUUCCUAUAACUGAAACCUGAAAUCCCAUCUGGCCUGUUCUCUGAGAUUUCCACCUUAGAACAUAUCUGUGAUAGUAGCUUGCCGCUGCCUCCCUCUUUUUCUUCCUCUGAGUUGCUACAACAGGCCCAACAUUACGUCUGGAUUGACUACUAGAGGAAGCAUCAUCUCUUACAUUGGAAUGAGGCUUCUUUGAGCUAUCUCGGCAGCUCAGUUCAAACCGUCCGAAGUACUCAAUCUCCUGCAUCACCAAGGAUCCCAAAUUGCCUUUGGUGCCUAUUUCAACAAGAGAAUGUACAGUCAUUUCAACUGGGACCUUUUUAGUACUGGUUUUUGAUCUAUGCAAGCUUUGUUUGAUAGGAUUGAAGGAGGGUUGUAGAUGAAGAGAGGUUGUUCUUCGUGUUGUCUUGAUGGGGAAAUUUCUUUGAGACUGGGCCAUU